CUGAAUGGCGCGGCCGGGGGCGGCUCCGCAGAGGGCGGAGCUAGUCGUCCCCUGAACGCCAUGGCUGCUCUGCGCUCCCUGCUGCCGUUCCUCCGAGGCCCGCUGCGCCCCUGGCCCGGCUGCCCUGCGCGGCGCUCCUUCGCCUCGGGUGCUGACUUUGAGUACAUCAUCGCAGAGAAGAAGGGGAAGAGCAGCAACGUGGGGCUGAUCCGGCUGAACCGCCCCAAAGCGCUCAAUGCGCUCUGCAGCGGCCUCAUCACAGAGCUCAACCAGGCGCUAGAGGCGUUCGAGGCGGACCCGGCCGUGGGGGCCAUUGUGCUCACGGGCGGGGAGAAGGCGUUUGCAGCUGGAGCCGACAUCAAGGAAAUGCAGAACCAAACGUUACAGGACUGUUAUUCUAGCAAAUUCUUGAGUCACUGGGACCGACUUGCUCAGAUCAGGAAGCCAGUCAUCGCUGCUGUCAACGGCUUGGCGCUUGGUGGUGGCUGUGAACUUGCCAUGAUGUGUGACAUCAUUUAUGCUGGAGAGAAAGCCCAGUUUGCACAGCCGGAGGUUCUACUAGGAACCAUCCCAGGGGCGGGGGGCACCCAGAGGCUGACCCGCGCCGUGGGAAAGUCGCUGGCCAUGGAGAUGGUCCUCACUGGUGACCGGAUCUCGGCCCAGGACGCCAAGCAAGCAGGUCUCAUAAGCAAAAUUUUCCCAGUGGAGACACUGGUUGAAGAAGCCAUCCAUUGUGCAGAAAAAAUUGCCCGCAAUUCUAAGAUCGUAGCAGUGAUGGCCAAGGAGUCGGUGAAUGCAGCUUUUGAAAUGACGUUAACAGAGGGAAAUAAGCUGGAAAAGAAACUCUUCUACUCAACUUUUGCUACUGAAGACCGGAAGGAAGGAAUGACUGCAUUUGUGGAGAAGAGAAAGGCCAACUUCAAAGACCAAUAAGAAAUGGCUGCCUGUGCCUUAAAACCUCUAAGGAGAAAAUACAGUCUCUCAGUUUUCAAAGCAAAUAAACCCUUGCUCAGAGGGCAGUUUAAGGGA